UCGUUUAAAUCUUAAACAGCCCUUCUUUUAUCUCCAGCCGUCGUUUCAUUUCAACCCAUCGGAUUUUUUUAACUGGGUGCCGACUAUUUGGUUGAUUAGAACUGUUUCCAUCACCCAACCCACGAUUAAAUUGCGCAUCAGUCGGUGUUUGGAAGGAAGAUUUUAAGUGAAAAGGACAAAUAUGUGAAAGAUCCAGUUCGCCCGCCAGAGCUAUCACUGUACUUGUUCACUGUAAUUCGUUGAUAUUCAAAGACUCGCAGGAGGUGCUGGAAACAGCAAGGGGUUUCGCUGAAACGUGCUAGCAUCGCAGAUGCUUCGAAAGCUCAGCUGAGUUGCAUAUUUUCAAGGGCGUGUAAACUGUGUGAAUUCGUGCAAAUUGGUGUCUGAGGCUGCUUAUUUCACUUGCCAAUGGGCUUCAGCAUCUCCUUGUUGCUUCUUUUAGUUUCUCUACCUGCUAUCUUGGCUCAGAGACCGACACAUGCUAGUAUCAUAGUUGAUGGAGCUUCAGUAGUUGCUGAAACUGAUGACAACUACAUUUGUGCCACCAUUGAUUGGUGGCCUCAUGAUAAGUGUAAUUACAAUCGUUGUCCAUGGGGGUAUUCUUCUGCAGUAAAUUUGAACUUGUCUCAUCCUCUUCUAACCAAGGCAAUACAAGCUUUUGAGCAUUUGAGGAUAAGAGUUGGUGGUUCGCUACAAGACCAAGUGGUGUACGACGUAGGAAGUUUGAAGGCGCCUUGUCAUCCAUUUCAAAAGAUAAAAUGGGGGCUGUUUGGUUAUUCCAAGGGGUGUUUGCACAUGAGUAGAUGGGAUGAUCUAAACCAAUUAUUCAAGACCACAGGGGCCAUAGUGACCUUUGGCUUGAAUGCACUCCGUGGAAGGCACCGGAUUCAAAGAGAUAAAUGGGGAGGAGAGUGGGACUCUACCAAUGCUUGGGAUUUUAUAAAUUACACCAUAUCAAAGGGAUAUGCAAUAGAUUCAUGGGAAUUUGGUAAUGAAUUGAGUGGACAUGGCGUCGGUGCGAGUGUCGACGUCGAACUGUAUGCAAAAGAUGUGAUCAAGCUAAGAAACAUCAUCAAUGAUUUAUACAAGAAUUCGAACUGGAAACCUUCACUUCUAGCACCGGGAGGAUUCUUUGAGCCAGAGUGGUAUGCUAAGCUUCUUCAGGUUUCAGGAUCCAAUGUUGUGAAUGUCAUCACACAUCACAUAUACAAUCUUGGGGCUGGCGUUGAUCCCCAUCUGGCAAACAAUAUAUUGGAUCCACAUUACUUGAGCAGGGUAUCAGAAACCUUCAACAGGCUAGACCAAACCAUCCAAGUUCAUGGUCCAUGGGCGUCGGCGUGGGUCGGGGAGUCUGGCGGGGCCUAUAACAGCGGUGGUCGUCAUGUAUCCAACACGUUCAUUAAUAGCUUUUGGUACUUAGAUCAGCUGGGAUUGGCAUCCAAGUACAAUACCAAAGUGUAUUGUAGGCAAACAUUAGUUGGGGGUCACUAUGGUCUGCUCAACGCAUCCACACUCGUGCCAAAUCCAGAUUUUUACAGUGCACUUCUGUGGCAUCGGCUUAUGGGGAAAACUGUUCUUCCCAUUGGCAGUGAUGCAUCGUCGUACUUACGCGCUUACGCUCAUUGUGCGAGAGGAAGUAGUGGUGUGAGUGUUCUGCUGAUAAAUUUGAGCAACCAGACACAUUUCUCAAUCCAUGUCCAAAACAGCAAAAACAUGUUUCUGAAUGUCCAAGAAAAUGGGGUAAUGAGAGAGAAUUCCUUCCUGAAAGGCGUGAAGAAGAGUGUUGCAUGGGUUGGCAACAAAGUCUCUGAUGCAACAGUGUCAAGAGAAGAAUACCACCUGACUCCAAAGGAUGGGUACCUCCAAACCCAAACCAUGCUUCUAAAUGGAUCGCCAUUGGAGCUCACUGCUGAUGGAGAGCUCCCAAGUCUGAACCCUGUCCUCCGAGACGUCAAUACUCCGGUCCAUAUGACCCCGUUGUCGGUUGCUUUCAUAGUAUUCCCUAACUUCGACGCGCCGUCGUGCUUGUGAUUUCAUACCAUCUUUGCAGCAUAACUGUAAAGCUUAUAGAAGCUGCAUGAGUUCUGAAUAAUUGUACAAUAUCAUCAUAAGUUAUUGUUUGUAUUAUGAUUAAUUGGGAAAAUGUACAAUAAGCUGUGGUUGACUGAAGUUUGAUAGACGCUGUAUUUUACUGUGUUUGCAUUCCCUUUGUGGAGCUUGGAAGUCUGUGAAGCACAGUAAUUGGUAAGAUUUUCCGUGUAUUUUCUCUCAAGUUAAACAAAUAUCAAUGUCUGCAUAAUGGGACUUAAA